ACGACACCCUGGCCGAAGAAAGCUCUGAACGCACCGCAUCUUGUCGUUCCCGGCGGAAAAUUGAAAUUCUACAAGUUUUCUGUCGCGACAAUCACUGAGACUGCUCUCAAUUUUGGAUACUCCUCCUGUUGUAAGGCAGAUCGAUGCGCUCCUGACCGCUAUAGCCAUGGUGUACAUAGAUGCAACUUCAAGUCCUUAUUUGGGCUAAGUAGUGGUGCAGAUGAUAAAGAAAGCAGAAGUCAUCUAAGAGAUCGAACGCUGGUGAGGGUAGCGGUGGACCCGGAGGACCUGGACGGAGAA